CGCUGAUCAGCCAAGAUGAGGAGCAUCGCCACUACCGAGGAGUGGCACGCCCUGCUGGCUGACGCGGCUGCAAAGAACCAGGCUGUGGUCGUCGACUUCACGGCGUCGUGGUGCGGGCCGUGCAAGAUGAUUGCGCCCAUCUUCGAGGCCCUCGCCGCCAAGUACUCCCAUGUUUGCUUUGUCAAGAUCGACGUGGACGAGAAUCAGGAAGUCGCACAGGAGUGCCGCGUCUCUGCGAUGCCAACUUUCAAGGCCUUCCGCGACAAGAAAGAGGUCGGUUCGUGCCGCGGAGCCAACCCUGAGGCGCUCGAAGCGCUGGUGGUGGCUCACCAGGGCGACAAGUGGUCCGCUGCCGGCGAGGGCCAGGCGCUCGGCGGCAGCGCCGGCGAGGCGAGCGGCAUGAGCGAGCGUGAGAAGCGGCUCGCGGCUCUCGAAAAGCGAGGCCUGAAGUGAGUGUGAACCAUUUGUUUAUUAUUUUGGUCAACCCGCGACGCCGGUGUGCGUGCAGUGCGACGACGGACGAGAUCUCGCCCAACAUUGAGCUACGCUACUUGAGCACGUGUAAUUCGUGUAAUCGAAAA